AGUUUUGAAACUCCAACGCCUUGAAUAGAAUAGCAGAUAGCUAAGUACUACUUUUAGCCUCGCGUAGGAGGAGCCUAGAACCUUCUUUCGUUGCCCUCGAAUCAUGGAGUUCAAACCCAGAAAUCAAGAACGAGCCACUAUCAAGUUCCUCUGUAGCUAUGGCGGGAAGAUUCGUCCUCGGGUCACCGAUGGCGAGCUCCGCUACGUCGGCGGCCACACGAGAGUCCUCGCCGUCGAUCCUUCUAUUGCUUUUUCAGAGCUGAUGGCGAAGCUUGAAAAGUUGUCUGGUUUUUCUGUGACGCUGAGAUGUCCUUUACCUGACGGAGACUUGGAGACGUUGAUUUCGAUAACCAACGAUGAAGAUCUGGCCCACAUAAUUGACGAAUAUGAUCGAGCUUCGUCGUUGUUGGCUCAUCCACUGAAGAUCAGAGCCAUUCUUUCGCCGCCGAACUCGCUCAAGAAAAUAUCUCCUCCUUCGUCUUCUGCUUCUAGCGCGAAUCAAUCUCCGUCCAGAUCUCCUCACACCUCCAUCGAGACCGUGCCUUAUUCGGUGGCCUGUCACAACUGCUCACCGCCGGUUGGAUAUCCAAUCGGUUUUCAUAACGGGAGCCCUAAGUUUUUGUACGGUGGUUCGUACCGCAGCAAUUACUGUCACUGAAUUCACAGAAGACAAGGGAACUCUAAUCCCCUGAAAUCAACCGAAAGCUCGGGGACGAAGAGGAAAAAGUUGCACUCCUCCUUCUAGGAUGUUAAUUCGAUGACGACGAAGAACUCUGGAUGAAGAAAACAGGAUACUCACUUUUUUUAGUUUAAAAAAUAGAGGGAUGAGUGAGCUAUGAACUACGAUUACCCUUUUCGGAUUCUAUCCCUUUUGAUCUGUUUGGGGUUCUGAUUUUGAAUGGAGCUUGAUUUGUUGGUCA